AUGGCAAGUGAAUUAGAAACAGUAGAACAUCAAUGGAAUAAGCACGCUGAAGUUUGGAAUCAAUGGAUUGGUGAUGAUGGAGAUUCAAAUCGAAAAGAAUCAAGUGAUAUUUAUCUUUGGAAAUAUAUUGGAAAUGUUGAUGAUAAAGUUAUUCUUGAUGCUGGCUGUGGAAAUGGAUAUUUAACAAUAAAGUUUGUUCUUGAAACUCGUAUGAAACGAAUAAUUGGAGUCGAUUUAUCAUCAGAUAUGAUUAGGAUAGCAAGAGAAAAUAUUGAUCGACGACUAAAACAAGAUGAAGAUCAUCAACGAAUUCGAAUAUAUCAUGAUUCAGUUACUGAAUUAAAAUCUGUUGAAAGUAAUUCAAUUGACUUAAUUGUUUCCAACUAUGUUCUCAUGGAUACACCUGAUCUUGAUUCUAUAGGAAAAACAUUCCAACGUGUUCUGAAAACAUCGGGUCGUGUAAUUUUUGUUAUUCUUCAUCCGUGCUUUGAUUUUGUGCCAGAAAAAGAUGGUGCUAAGCGUAUGUACACAUGGAAAAAAUCUUAUUUUGAUGAGACGCCUGAUAGACAAGAUUGGGCAGAUUUUUCUUUGAACUUGUAUCAUCGACCAUUAUCCGUUUAUUUUCAAACGUUUCAUAAAUAUGGCUUUACAUUAGUAGACUUUGAUGAACCGAAAUUUUACAGUCCUAUCCAUCAAUACGACUUUACGUGCGCUGCUUUAUUUCAUUUUAAAAAGAACUAA